AUGCUAACCUAUCCAAACCAUGCAUCAACACCAAUACCGAAAAAGCGGAGUGCUCCGGUACCGCUGAUGAAUCUGGAAAAUGGUUCAGAAGUCUCGGCUGCUAAAAAGAAGCUCGUACUGGAAUGUGACACAACGCCGUUGGCAUCUUCCCGCACAUGUCUGUCAACUUCAACAUUAUCGACACCUGGCCGAAUGGUAUCUACAUCUCGGAUACAUAUCACGCGUGGAAUACAGACGAUUCGGCCGGAAACGACGAACCGCUACUGUCAGGUGUCGGUUGCUCGCAUCCGCAAACCGACCACUACCCAACACGUGCAAACGGAGGAAUGGAUAGCACCACCAGCGGUAUCCUUUAAUGAAAUGGGGUGUCAAACAGAUGGACCACUACUUCUGCCUAACACUUGUGUAGCCACAACGCAAACCGAUUCGAUACCGAAUCGAGACCCGGUACAGCGUGAUGAAGCCAGCUGCCAGACGGACAUGCUGGAAGAACAGCCAGAAGAGCAUCAGGAACAGCUUAAGCCUGUUGAGCUGGAUGAACCGGAGAGGCAUGGAACCGCGCGCGAAUCCAUAACAAACAUGUUGAACGAUUUUGCCAAACAAUACGGUAUCGAUCUGCAGUCACCUGCCAAGAAGAAGAAAGCGAAAUCCAACAGCAAGAAGAAAGAGAUUGAGCAUCUUCAGGAAUGUCUGGCGAACAAAACGUACAAGGCGAUGGCAUCGAAAGUGGAUGAAAAAAUGGGACAAAUUCUAGAGCAGCAUAUGGCGCAGUACGGGCGUGAGACGGUGGCCAGUCGCGAACGAUUGAUCAGAUGGACGAAGUCCUUCAUACGACGCCAGCAACAACAAAACCGAGCGGCAGCGAGCACCGCUCCCUCGCGUAAGAUUGUAUUGGUUCGCAAAAUUGUCACGCCCGCUUCGAAGCGACCAUCGGUGGAGGACAAAGGUGUGCAGUGCGUAGCGGAAGUAGAAACGAUUAGGAUUACUGUCGGUACGCAGUGGCAGCGGCAAAAACCAAUGGUUCCAGAGAUUCGAUGCGCCAAACGAAACUGUCCAGCUACGCCAAAGAACUGGCCGCUGGCGAAAACAUCCAAGGAAGGCAACCACGGCAACGAAAACAACAAGGAGAAUAUUCCUCCAAAUCACCAAAAUCAGCCACUGUAACAGCAAAUCCUUCCUCAUCGUC